UUGCACUUUCGAUUUCGACGCGCGCGCUUGACUCUUUGCCAAAGUUGCGAGAGAGGACAGAGUUCAGCUGCUUGGCCAGCGUACUGCUUUGUUUCGCAACGAGAACGUCUUUGCGCCGUAUUGCGCUGACGGGAAAAAUGUCUCUGAGGCAAAAAUAAUGACAACAAUGGGGAACUGUGAUUCUUAUCUCAGUCAUGCACUUCUGCUCCUUGGAAGGGUUAAAGAUGUAUUUGAAAAAAUAAAAUACUUACAAAUGCUGGCACUUGGUAGCUGAAAUUCAGAGGAAAAAAAAAUCCAGAAUGAUGUCAGACAUUUACAAAAUAUAUUUUUAAAAAAAAAGUCAAAAUGUGCUCAUGGUUGUGUACUUGAUAAAAUACCCCUAAAUAAUGAAUCAUGUGGUGUUGUGCAGUAACCUACAAACAAAAUAAUAACUACAUAAUAACUACAUAUAUAUAUGUAUAUAUAUAUAUGUAUGUAUGUAUAUAUACAUAUAUAUAUAAUGGAAUAUACAUAUAAAAGAGGGGCAAAGCAUUGACUGACUGAGAUGGAGAAAGAUAUUCCCCAUCCAUGCACAUGCAUGGGAUUUUCUCAAAUAAUAAUUGUCGCCUUGAAUUAUGAUUUGUGGGGAAUACACAGAACUGAUUGCGCUUAUAAUAUUCAUAAAAAUGUCUGUUUAAUCUGAAAAAAAACCCACACGAAGGUAAGAUGUGUUUUUUUUCUAGUUGCUGUCAGUAACUAAUUAGAUAUAUAUUUUUUUAAAUUUAAUUUAAUUACUAAGACAGUAGUGUCAAACUAAAGGCCCGGGGGCCAGAUCCAGCCCGCCAUGUCAUUUCCUGUGGCCUGACUGAGGAGCUACUUCAUGUUCUUCUCGGCUGACAUUUGAAAUUUUCUUCAUUUUUAUUAAAGUUGAGAAAAUGUCAAGCGAGCAGGCAGGCAGAUGCGUUUAGACAAAAAUAUGGCAGCGGAGACCCCGGACUGUUGAACAGCUGAAGCUGUACGUCGAGCAAGAAUGCAAAAGAAUUCCAACUACAAAACUUCAACAAUUUGUGUCCUCAAUUCCCAAACGUUAAUUGAACGUUAUUAAAAGAAAAUGUAAUGCAAUACAGUGAGAAACAAGACCUUGUCCCAUCUUUUUUUGGGUACGUGUUGCAGCCAUAAAAUUCAAAAUUAAGGAUUAUUUAUUAUUAUUUUAUCAGUUUGAACAUUAAAUAUCUUGUCUUUGCAGUGUACUCGGUUAAAUAUAGGUUGUGCAUGUUUUGCAAAUAACUAUUUUAUUUUUAUUUAUAUUAAACCCUUAAGUACUUUUGCCGCCUCUAGAUUGUGCGUCAAUAAUGCCGUACAUAUUUCUGUGACUUGACGAUCGUAAGAUGCAUUCGGAUCGACUGCGAGGCAAAAUCUUCCUCCCUCGGUUCUCGUUCAGGGCCUGAAGCAGAUGUUCACUUGUGAGUUUUCCAAGCAGUAUCGUUUGAUGUUCAAAGGAGCGCGACUCCUUCUUCUCAUCAGCCAAACGUCAAAUACUGCAUUGCAGCGUUUACUCAAGGACACGGGCCCGAACCCACGCGUCAAGGUCACUAGUGCAUUGUUUAGCCUCCCCCCCCCCCCCCAGUGUUGUGGCUUUUGCGUCGCCCUGACCUGGCUCACUACCGACGUCGGCGGCCUAUAAAAGGCAAGAAGCGACCCCGCCUGCGCCGGUUUCCGUGUCUUGCGCGUAUCUGGAAUCGACCUGCUUAUGGAGCUGAUCUCCGCUUGUGAACGGACGAUGACUGUGGUAGACUUGGAGGCGAUGGUGUCGGAACUGGGACCCGCGGCCCGGAAUGCCACCGCGGGGGCGGCGGCCGGCACUUCCGUGGCAACCGGAACUCUGAUUUUACUCUUCUGUCUGCUUCUGGUGGCCUGGAGCCACACGGAGAAGCGGCGAGUUCCAGGUGGGUCAUCUCGGGACGGCCUCCCGACGGACACAAACAUCGGUGACGUCUUUGCACGCGUGACUAAGUUGUUGUUGUUUUUCUUGACCACAGGUCCACAUUUCUUUCUGGGAUUGGGACCGCUUUUGUCGUACGUGAGGUUUAUUUGGACGGGCAUAGGCACGGCCAGCAAUUACUACAACGACAAGUACGGGGACAUCGUCAGGGUUUGGAUCGAUGGAGAGGAGACUCUCAUUCUCAGCAGAGCGUCGGCAGUGCACCACGUCUUAAAGCACGGCCACUACACCUCACGGUUCGGCAGCAAGUUAGGACUGAGCUGCAUCGGGAUGAACGAGCGAGGCAUCAUAUUUAACAACAACGUCAGCCAGUGGAAAAAGAUCCGCACGUAUUUCACCAAAGGUAACCGAGCAACCGACCAAGAAGUUACCUGUUGGCGAAAGCGCGCCAGACGUUCUGCUGCAGCCCUGACAGGGCCGGGCCUCCAGCGGACCUCGGAGGUGUGCAUCUCGUCCACGCGCAAGCACCUGGACCACCUGAGGAAGGCCGCCGGGGGAGCCGGAUUGAUCGACGUGGACGUUCUCGGUCUGCUGCGCUGCACCGUGGUCGACAUCUCCAACAGGCUCUUCUUGGAUGCGCCGUUCAACGAGACGGAGCUGAUGACGAAGAUUUUAAAGUAUUUCGACACGUGGCAGACCGUCCUGAUCAAACCGGACGUCUACUUCAAGUUCGGCCGGAUUCACCAGCGGCACAAGGCGGCGGCCCAGGAGCUGCAGGACGCCAUCGAGGGCCUCGUGGAGCAUAAAAGAAGCGAAAUGGAGCGAGCAGAGAAACUGGACAACAUCAACUUCACUGCCGAGCUCAUAUUUGCGCAGAAUCGCGGCGAGCUUUCUGCCGAGAACGUGAGGCAGUGCGUGCUGGAGAUGGUCAUCGCCGCCCCGGACACGCUGUCCGUCAGCCUCUUCUUCAUGCUGCUGCUUCUCAAGCAGAAUCCGGACGUGGAGCUGCAGCUGCUCCGCGAGAUCGACGGCGUCCUGGGCGAUCGGACCCUGCAGAACGACGACCUUCACAAGCUGCACGUGCUCGAGAGCUUCAUCAACGAGUGCUUGCGUUUCCACCCGGUGGUGGACUUCACCAUGCGCCGCGCGCUUUCCGACGACGUCAUCGACGGCUACAAAGUCCCCAAGGGCACGAACAUCAUUCUCAACACGGGCCGCAUGCAUCGCACCGAGUUCUUCCCCGAACCCAACGAACUGAGUCUGAAAAACUUUGAGAAAAAUGCUCCGCGUCGUUACUUCCAGCCGUUCGGCUCGGGUCCUCGGGCCUGCGUGGGCAAACACGUGGCCUUGGUCAUGAUGAAGUCCAUCCUGGUGACGCUGCUCUCCCAGUACUGCGUGUGCCCCCACGCGGCGCUGACGCUGGACUGCCUGCCUCAGACCAACAACCUGUCCCAGCAGCCUGCGGCCCACCAGCAGGACGGCCAACGUCUCACCAUGACGUUCUUACCCCGGCAGCGGGGACGCUGGGACCCCGUUUGAGACCCUUCUCGAUGGCCCUUUUCUGUUUCCAGACAUUUCUCUCAUCAAGCGCAAUGUUACCUAGCGACAAUAUUUAUGAGGUGCACCUUAUUCUUAUAUCAAAACCUUCCACAUUACCAACUAAAUGUUAUCCCGUUUUAUCGUUGCAUUCCUGUACAGAGCUUAUCUUUGUCUUUAUGUAUAUCAUACUGUCAUGUACUGCUUUUUAUUUUGGGUGUUUUUCAUUUUCAAUAAAUUAUUGCAAACAAAUAUGAGCGUUCAGCUGAGAUGGCACGCUGCGCCAACCCCUAACGGGACGAGCCGAAAGAAACAAGUGUAUUUUUGUUGCUCUAUUAAAUCACAACAUUCAUCCUUUUUCAUUGCCGCUUAUCCUCACGAGGGUCGCAGGGAGUGCUGCAGCCUAUCCCAGCUGUCAACGGGCACUGAACUAGUCGCCACGCAAUCGGAGGGCACAUGGAGACAAACAGCUGCGCUCACAAUCACACCUAUGGGCAAUUUAGAGUGUCCAAUUAAUGUUGCACGUUUUUGGCACGUG